AUUACACAAUGACACAAUUCAUUUCUCGCAAUUAUUUUUAAUUUAAACAAGAAGAGUGAAUGCGCGGGUGAAUUAGUCACGUGCCUUAUUGAAGUUCAAAGUACGCUCUGUCGGCUCUGUCUCUGUAUAUUUAGUAACCUUGAGGCAGUUUAUGACCGCGGCUUCCCCAAAGUACAUUAAAAAAAAUUUUAAACUUUCUUUAAACAAAAUGGAUAAUCCGGCUGAAUUUUCAAAACACAACAAAAACACCAUUCGAGAUGCUGUUGAACUAAUAACUAAAUAUAAAAAUUAUUUUAAAUGGUCAGAUAACCCGGAAGAUAUGUUAGAGGUAGGUUGUGCAAACGGAGAAAUUACUUUUGAAGUUGUGUAUCCGUUAGUUGAACCUCACUUAAAAGAAUUAAUCGGAUCGGAUGUGGCAUCGUCAGCUAUAGAAGUAGCAAAUGAACUUCAUAAGAAACCUAAGUUAUCUUUUACAACUAUAGAUAUUGCUGAGGAGGGAUUAUGGAAAAAAUACGAAAAUAGAUUUGGUCAUAUCAUAUCGUUCUAUACACUACAUUUGGUACCAAACCCAGAAAAAUGGACUGAGAAUUUAUUUAAAAUGUUAAAAUCAAAUGGACAAGUUUUUGUUGUAAUGGUUCUCCCUCCGCACCCAUUCCCAAUGGCUACAAAACUACAAAGAGCUGAAAACGAUCCACGUUGGUCUAAAUAUAUGGCUGAAUCUCCAGAAUUAUUCACAGAUUUCGGGGAGAAUCCCUUUGAAACAAUUAAAAGUUUAUUUGAAAACGCUGGAUUUGUUAUUGAUAUUGCUGAAGUGAAUAAACUUAAAUCUGUUUAUCCAACAUUCAAGAGUUUAUCUGCAACAGUACUUGCGAUAAAUAACAUUCAAAAACAUGUUCCUGAGGAUAUUCGACCGAGUUACAUUGAGGAUUUCUUAAAGAAAAUUGAAGAAUGUGUACAACACGAUGAAAAUGGGACUUAUUUCUAUGAUAAGAAUGUUUUAGCUUUAAUUGUUUCUAAACCUUGAAUUUUUACAUAAAUUUAUUUGGUUUUAUAAAUAAAAAUGUUCU